AUGUCCACCGGAGCGUAUUCGGACAUCCUCACCUCCGGAAUGCGGGACUCGGAGGGCUGGCGAGGAUUUGGCAAAGCAAUUGUGUCCAAGUUUAUUGCCGAAGGUGCUCGAGUUCUAGUCUUGGAUAUUGUAGAGCCGGGCCCAGCAGACUCACAAGGUGACUUCUCGACCAACGUAACUUAUGUUAGCGGAGAUGUGACCUCUCCGGAAGACUGGCAGAAAGCUCUCGAACUGGUCACUCAAAUUUUGUUGUCGACAAUUCCGGUGUACUGA